GAACGGACGGAGAUCAAAUUCAUUUCUGCUAGUGAAGGCACAGCAGAUUGCAAAAGCAUAACCUGACGCAAAUGGACCCAGGGCACGCAUGGCUAUCAAAUGGAUUACUUUAAUAAAAUGAACUACAAAUGAACUACAACACCUCAAGGAGAGUACACUCAGCAGGCAAAGGAAUAACAAAGAGCUCCCUAAAGAACUUUUUGUUAACACUGACCAACACCUGACUCUGAUGAAGAGUGAUUUUUAUUUCUGUGCUGCCUAAUUCAUUCAGGAGUCAGCUGAGGCUAAAAGGAGAGACAUGGAUUGAGAAGAAGUAAUUUGGGUAAAAUUAAGCGACAUAUAGCAGAAAUGCACCACUGAAGUAGAACAAUCGCAAAGACAAGAGCAAAGCCAACAGAAAAGGACACGCGUGAGAAUGCUUACCAUGCACUGACAACAAGGAAUGGAAAGCAUCAGUUUGGAAACGGACUGGGAUAGGUUAGGCCUCUCCGCUCUGGACCCCACAGGAAGAAACAACUUCUCUUCCUCGUUUAUUUCUGAACUGAACUCAUUCAACACGUCUCACAGUGGGGGAUCCUUCUUUGGCAUCUUUCCCGAGAAUGGCUCCAAUAGCACACCUCGCACCUUUCCCCAGCCCAGGGUGAGGGAUAUGGGCUUGGCCCGGGCUGAGAUUGCAGUGCUUGCGGUGGUGCUGGCUCUUACCACCUUGGGGAACAGCUUUGUGUUGUGGGUGCUUCUGAGGCGGAGGAAGCACAAUGCGCCGAUGCACAUAUUCAUGGUCAACCUGUGUGUGGCUGACCUGGUGGUGGCUUUCUUUCAGGUUCUUCCCCAGCUAAUAUGGGACAUUACAGAGAGGUUUCAAGGGCCGGAUUUGCUAUGCCGGUCCAUCAAGUAUUUGCAGAUUGUUGGCAUGUUUGCUUCCUCCUAUAUGAUAGUUGCCAUGACAGUAGACCGGCACCAUGCCAUCUGCUGCCCGUUGCAGGCCUACCGAGGGGGCGCAGUGUCCCGCUGGAACACUCCUGUCAUGGUGGCCUGGGGCCUGGCACUGGUCCUCAGCAUACCGCAGGUGUUCAUCUUCUCCCGCUCAGAAGUGGCUCCCGGCGAGUUCGAGUGCUGGGGUCACUUUGCUGAGCUGUGGGGGCUGAAAGCCUACGUCACCUGGAUGACGGUAGCUGUCUUCCUCCUACCCGCCCUCAUCAUUACCAUCUGUCAGAUAAGAAUCUUCCGCGAGAUUCACAACAACAUCUACCUGAAGUCAGAGAGGAUGGUGAUGGCUGAGAUGAAGAAAAACGAAAUCCUCUUCCGCUUUCACAGCUUUAGGAAGGAAGACGAGCGAUCCAGAGAGAGGGGGAGACGGGCGUCUGGAGGAGGAGGCUGGGAUGGAAGAGGAGGACAACUCUUCAAGGUUGCAAAUAACAACCCCCACAAUAACACACCCAACAGCCAAGUGGGAGAAUGUUAUGACUAUGUACCACCUGAUAUUCAGUGUAACAGUUGCCACGGGGAACAUGUGACAACAACAAGAACAACAGCGCAUCAGCAAACAGUGAACGGCUCAGAUUGCCAGGAGCCCUACACCAACUCUCCUCGCUGCUCCCUUGAUUAUGCUCCCCCUCACCGCCCCGCCACCCCACCUCCAAGUAUCACUAAAGCCAUGUCAAAGACGGUGAGGAUGACCCUGGUCAUUGUGCUGGUGUAUACUAUCUGCUGGUCACCUUUCUUCAUUGUCCAGCUGUGGGCAGCCUGGGAUCCAGACCCUCCAGACCAAGGAGUGGCCUUCACUAUCCUGAUGCUGCUGGCCAGUCUGAACUCGUGCACCAACCCAUGGAUCUACACGGCUUUCUCCAGCAGCGUGUCAAGAGAGCUGCAAAAUCUGCUCCACUGUGGGUCAAGAUCUGGACGCCGGGGCUCCCUGCCUGACGACUCUACCACCACACACACCUCCACCACCAAGGACAGCCUGUACUGACAAAGACUGAUGAGCUGGAGAGCGAGACACACAGAGACAUGCUCGAAAGGCAUGCAUGGGCGCACACGCGCCCACUGCAAGGACGUACUUUUGCAUACAACUCUGCUGAUGUCACCGCCUCCAGCGUCGCAGCCUGAGAACGCACUGUGUCGACCUCCACCAGAUGUUUUCAGCAUCAAAGGACAGCUGUCUUCUCACCAGGACUUCUAUUUGUAAUCACCUGUCUUACUCACCCCAGCAGUAAGGAUGGCUGUCAUUGAAGAUAUCAGCACCAUUCAUAACACAGUCUUUCGGUGGAUCUGUGGGGUAAAAUGGACUGGAAGGUGAAAACAUUUUCACCUCAGUAGCUGUUGAACAGAACUGUGGACAGUCUCUUACCCUGCUUGGAUACAGUAGAGCAGCAGGAAUGCAAGGGGUGGAUUGCUACAUUAAUGGCACGCCUAAUGUAUAAAGCAGCAGACAAAACUAUGGGUGCAGAGAAAACCAAGCUGGAGGGAAGAGAAAAGAAGCACAUGCAGACAGUACAUGAGAAUAAGACUGCAGGAAAACAGACAGGGGAUGUCAUGGAUGUUACAGCAGUGGUCCCAGGAGGACUGUAGUUGAAAUCUAAUAAUGUGAUCAAACUUUGUUAUUCCACAGAAAGAAAGAAAGGAUUAGAGACGGAUGCUUGAGGCAAAGAAGGAAUUCACUUCCAGGUUCCAACAAUAGUGAUUUGUUAGCAAGAUGGGCUUAAGAUUCACUCCUGAGGACGGUGCAGCAGAAGGAAAGCACCGCACAACAAAAUAAACCUGGUUUUCCUUGUUCAACUGGGACAUAAUUAUGUGACUGUAUUUUAUACAAACACGCCAUAUGAGGCACAUAAAAGAACCUUCCCGUCAUGCUUUUCUGAAAGUAUGAAACGAGAACACAGCACAGAAAAAACUCGGGAAGGAAACAAAUGAGAAGUAUUUAUCAGCAUUCCGUGUAUAGUGAUCAACAGUGUAAAGUAUAUUUAUUGAAGUAAGGCACAUAAGAGAAUGUUACAUUUUGUGCUAGAUAAAAGCUGAAUGUUAAUAACCAGCUGCAAUGGUCUGAGGUACAGUGUAGUUAAAAAAGAAGGAAGAAAGAAAACAAGGCGGUGUCAAACCAAAGAUUGUUUUUUUAAAAAGCUUGACUUUAAAGUCUUAUCAGUAGACAUAUUCCAACCUACAUGUUAGCGUACAUCUAGAAACAAUUAAUAUUUAAGAAAACACUUCACAUGAAUAUUGCAAAUACUCCAAGUCCAAACCAAGUGCCUGUAAUGUCAGUAGACAUUUUUAGAGGGGGCCUCCCUCACUGGAUUAAUCUGUAAAUGAUGUCAGCCAAGUUAUUUUUAGACAGAGCAUACCUCCAGAGCAGGGAUCAUAGGAUAUGUUAUAUCACACCAUGAGCCAUGUGUUCUUUAAUCUCUUUAUUUAUUUAUUGUUGUGUAAAUGAAAAUGUACACACAAAUAUAUAUAUUUAAUGUAUACUUAGAUAGUAUAUAGGUAUAUUAUUCCCUGUUUCUGCCUUCCAGGUACAGUUUUUAUAAUAUUGCAUUUUAUUCUGUGCACAGAUUAUGGCCCUCAGCUGCAUGACACACUUAAAUAUUCUAAUGGUAUGUUUUUACAAUAGCAUAAUUAUAUAAGCUAAUGUACAUACAGGAAAUGUGAUAACAUUGUGUGUACCGUAUUUGAUCAGUCUAUCCAUUAGAUGUUGUUGAAAAUAAUAUUUUUUCUUUUUUUUUUAAAUGAUGUGCACUCACAGUGAGCCACUUUGGUGCAUCUUUCUUUUUCGUGAGAGAAAAGUGUUGUUCAAGUCUGCAGGACAAUACCGGCAUGCUUUCAAGGUAUCUCAAGAGUACUUGUCUGGGUCGAAGGAGAAGCCUCACCUUUUCCUCUGCGUGGCCGUGGUGUUUGGGUUUUCAGCACGCCACUGCAAACUUGUUCCCCAGACACAGGCCUCUGCUUUGAUUAUCAGCCAAAUGAAACUCUGCAGCAACAA